UGUUGUCCCUCGUCAAGCCGCCAUCCUCAAGAAAUAUGCCUAGGGCCCCGCGAAAUCAUAGCAAGACUUACAAGGUCCCUCGUCGACCUUUCGGCUCUGCUCGCCUCGAUGCUGAGCUUAAGCUCGCCGGCGAGUACGGUCUGCGCAACAAGCGCGAAAUCUGGCGUAUCGGUCUUGUCCUCUCCAAAAUUCGUCGUGCUGCUCGUGAGCUUCUGAAACUCGACGACAAAGAUCCUAAACGUCUGUUCGAGGGUAACGCUCUUAUCCGUCGUCUCGUUCGUAUCGGUGUGCUUGAUGAGUCGCGUAUGCGUCUCGAUUACGUGUUGGCACUGAAAGUCGAGGAUUUCUUGGAGCGUCGAUUGCAGACUCAAGUGUUCAAGACUGGUUUGGCCAAGUCUAUCCACCACGCCCGUGUCUUGAUCCGACAGCGCCACAUUCGUGUUGGCAAGCAAAUCGUUGACAUUCCUUCAUUCACCGUUCGUCUCGAUUCCCAAAAACACAUCGACUUCGCACUCACUUCACCUUAUGGUGGAGGACGUCCUGGUCGCGUCAAGCGCAAGCGUGCUGCCGCCGCUGCUAAGAAGGAGGAAGGUGGUGACGAGGAGGAGGAAGAGUAAGCAACUCGUCCUAGCAUAGCUUUAUUAUGUCUUGUACUGCCUAUGCUGUCUACAUGUUAUGGACACAUGCAUAUAUAUCUGGCGCAACAAAAGUACCAAUAUUGUACUCUUUCGCUCGGAUAAAUUGGCGAUCGGAUAAUGCGUAUAUAAAGCAACAACUAUCACAAACGUUGUCGCUUAGACAUAGGUUCUUCGUUAACCUCGCAAUCCGAGUACGAGGAUUCGUGGGGCACAAGACGCCUUGCGCUCUUCAGAUUCUGACGGGGAUGACGACGUUUACGAUACCGCUCAGGGGUGUCGAAAGGUUUUUGUGCCAGUGCAUUCGAUGCUUGAAUCGUUGCUGACAGGUUCCCAUUAUUUACGGUAUGUUGGACAUGUUCUCUUUGGGUGAUCAUUUCUUGAAUAAGACCUAGGAUGGCACCCAAAUCACUGCAUUGUUGCGUGGAAUCCUUCAAAAUGGUAUAUCCUUGUCGGAAUGCAGCCUUAAUUCGAUCCAACUUAUUCGACGACUUGUUAAAUGACUUGUUAAUGUCCGAAUCGGGAUUCAAGGGACAAUAUAGAACAAGUCCGCUGUCUGAAUUCUCCUUAGGCAUUAAACUGCGUUGUAUGAUAGAGAUGUAAGAAGUAUCGUAAGGG